UUGGGGGCGUUGGCGCGGGGCACGCCGGGAGCGCUUCCGUUUCCGGUGGCGGCGGAGCGGCGGCGGCGCCCGCGUGAGCCGGUGGGAGCGUCGCCCGGAACCGGAACCAGCACCGGCGCUUCGAGCGGAGGCGGAGCGGCCCGCAGGCCGAGCCCCGCGGCUGCCGGGCCCCGCCAUGGCCCUCAUCUGCUCCAUUUCCAACGAGGUCCCCGAGCACCCCUGCGUCUCCCCGGUUUCCAACCACGUCUACGAGCGGCGGCUGAUCGAGAAAUACAUCGCGGAGAACGGCACCGACCCCGUGAACAACCAGCCCCUGUCCGAGGAGCAGCUCAUCGACAUCAAAGUUGCCCACCCGAUCCGACCCAAGCCGCCGUCCGCCACCAGCAUCCCGGCCAUCCUCAAGGCUCUGCAGGAUGAAUGGGACGCCGUCAUGCUGCACAGCUUCACGCUGCGCCAGCAGCUCCAGACCACGCGCCAGGAGCUGUCCCACGCGCUCUACCAGCACGACGCCGCCUGCCGCGUCAUUGCCCGCCUCACCAAGGAGGUCACCGCUGCCAGAGAAGCUUUGGCCACUCUGAAGCCGCAGGCCGGGCUCAUCGUGCCACAGGCGGUGCCGUCCUCGCAGCCCAACGUGGCGGGAGCCGGCGAGUCCAUGGACCUGGGCGAGCUCGCAGGCAUGACCCCCGAGAUCAUCCAGAAGCUUCAAGACAAGGCGACGGUGCUGACCACAGAGCGGAAGAAGAGAGGCAAGACUGUGCCGGAGGAGCUGGUGAAACCGGAGGAGCUCAGCAAAUACCGGCAGGUUGCUUCGCACGUGGGUCUGCACAGCGCCAGCAUCCCGGGAAUUCUCGCCUUGGACCUCUGUCCUUCCGACACCAACAAGAUCCUCACCGGCGGGGCUGAUAAAAACGUCAUCGUCUUUGACAAGAGCUCGGAGCAGAUCCUGGCCACGCUCAAGGGACACACCAAGAAGGUCACCAGCGUCGUCUUCCACCCAUCUCAGGAUUUGGUGUUCUCGGCUUCUCCCGAUGCCACCAUCCGCAUCUGGUCUGUCCCCAACGCCUCCUGCGUGCAGGUCGUCCGUGCCCACGAGGGCUCUGUCACGGGGCUGAGCCUCCACGCCACGGGCGAUUAUCUCCUCAGCUCCUCCGACGACCAGUAUUGGGCUUUUUCGGAUAUCCAGACAGGCCGUGUCCUCACCAAGGUGACAGAUGAGAGCUCUGGCUGCGCUCUCACUUGUGCCCAGUUCCACCCGGACGGGCUCAUUUUUGGAACAGGGACGAUGGAUUCUCAGAUCAAGAUCUGGGAUCUGAAGGAACGCACCAACGUGGCCAACUUCCCCGGCCACUCGGGCCCCAUCACCAGCAUCGCCUUCUCGGAGAACGGCUACUACCUGGCCACGGCGGCCGACGAUUCCUCCGUCAAACUCUGGGAUUUGCGCAAACUCAAGAAUUUCAAGACGUUGCAGCUGGACAACAACUUCGAGGUGAAGUCUCUCAUCUUCGACCAGAGCGGUACCUACCUGGCGCUGGGCGGGACGGACGUGCAGAUCUACAUCUGCAAGCAGUGGACGGAAAUCCUCCACUUCACAGAGCACAGUGGCCUCACCACGGGAGUGGCUUUUGGCCACCACGCCAAGUUCAUCGCCUCCACCGGCAUGGACCGCAGCCUCAAGUUCUACAGCCUGUAACGGGGUCUGCAGGGGGGUCUUGCUGGCACGCUGGGGGUUGGGGAGGGAGUUUUGGGGUGGGGAGGGGGCAAGUGGUUUAUCGCUUCUUCAUCGCCUUCUGCGCUUUCUCCUUUUAGUUUUCUCCUUUUAGUUUUCUCCUUUUAGUUUUCUCCUUUUUGAGUUUCGCUUGUGUCUUUUUCUGCUUUUAGUUUCUGUUCUGCGGUUGUAACGCGCACCGGGAGGUUCCAGCCCCGGCGCUGGGGGGUGUUUGUGGCCAGGGAGGGGGGCAGGGGGUGGAAUUUCGGGGCGGGGGGGACGCACCGUGCAGGUUUUGUAAGCAGUGAUCUAGUUUCGGUAAGGAAAUAAAAGAAGGAUUCACCGGA